AUGGACGAGCCAAAAGUUGAGAUACGCGAAGUGAUCCGGGCAACUAUCGAGUCUGAUGACCCAGCCGUGACGAUUGCAAACAUCGAAAAAUAUUUCACCGACGACGCUCACCUGCAUUUCUCGAUUUUCAAACAACCUCACGGCAAUCGAGGCCGGCGAUACCUGCAAGGAAUCUAUAAACUCUUUCGACUGAUCACCACGAACAACAAGAUCGAGAUCCAUUCGGUGAUGUUUAGUGAGGAUGGUCUGCUUGGAGCGCUUGAAUGCACCCAGAGUGGACAGCUUCGAUUGGGGCGACUGACGCCGGCGAGCUUCCAGUUCCGCUGCAUCCAGCGCCUGGACUUGCGCAAGAACCGCAAGGGCAAGUUCCGCAUCCGGCGUCAACGAUACGACCUGUGGGCGGAGGCCGAUGGCUCGCGGUGGCCCUUGCCCCCCGGAGUCGGCUGGAUGAUCGAUCUCCUCUACUGCUUGAUGGGCUGGAUGAUGGGGCUCCUGGGACAGUUCCUUGCGUACCGGGGCUUGCUUAACCUCUAG